AUGAAUAGUGUGCCAUCGGCUGCCAUACAUGCUGCCUACUGGAUGAUAAAGGAAAAUGGAGAUUAUGAUCUGUGUGAGGCAAUGCAGAGUCAGUUAAUGUUGAAUCUAGAAUCAAUCAAGAAGGACAACAAUCAAAAGUUCAAGUUUGGGCAAAUUUUAAUCGUGACCACCAAUUUCUAUCUAAUGGAGGCUGCAGAACCUAGAGAAGAAGAGAUGGAGCAAAUAAGUUAUGAAGUCAGUUAUGACUUAUUGAUCAGUUAUGCCAACAACCUCCUGGCAUCACCUAAGGAUACCAAGAAGAAGAGACUGGGUAUAUAUCAAGAAAUAAUUGCACAGGCACAACCCAAUGAUGUGAAGGAGAAAAAGAAGAAAGAUGAUCAAGUAGUUUCAAUGUUAACCAGUACAAGUGUAAUAAGUAGUGCUCAAUCCAAGAAGGAAUCAAAACCAAAAGUGUAUGCAAAGAAACUGACUGCCACUAGGAAGAGAGGCAGAUAUCUUAUCUUACAAGAAGAAUAUGAGGAAAUAGAGUCUGAGGAAGAUAAGAAGAAGCUAACGAAAACUAGUAGGAAACCUAAACCAAUAGGGGAAAUCCCUAAACAAAAUAUUCCUAUUGAUAUUGCAUCUUUCAAGCCUAUGAAGUUAUUAGAAAUGCUUUCUAAACACAAGGGACAAUUUCAUACAAGAGCAAGGAGACUUAGACUGUUGGAAGGAAAAAUUCAGGUAGUAGAAGAUGAUACUCAUCAAGAUGCCAAAAAUGUUCUAAGAAUGAAUGAACAAUUGAAAAAUUAUCACAAUAAACUUGGUCAGACUGAAAUUGGAGUUCCAUUGGAGCUGGAAACUGAAGAAAUACUUUUACCUGAUGAAAUCUACACUGACAAGGAUAAGAAUGACACUAAUUCACCACCAGUCAUAUUCUUUAUUGAUGAUACUCAUGAUACUAUUAAUACAACCGGUACCAAUAAUGAACUGGAUAAGGAAAAAGAACAGGAACUGGGAAAGGGAACAAAGGAAGUGGAAAAAGAGAAAGACCAAGAAAAGGAUAAGGAACUAGUAACGACAUAUGAAGAAUGGGCUAAAAAAGAGAAAAUGAAGAUCAAGAAGGAAAAGGAGGUUCUCCAGACCACAAUAGAUGUAUUGUCAAAUCUCCUACCAGAUGUUGACAUUUUAGGUAUUUUAAACCCAAUAAAGCAACUUGAUAUUCUAUGUACAUCUGUUACUGAUCAAGUCAACACUUUGGAGGAAACAACACAAGUACUGCAAGAGAGCUUUCUUCAUACUGAUGCAAUCAUAGCCACACUGGAGAUGAGUACUUUGGACGCAAUGGAGGAAUUGGCGUUUCAGAUAAGGACUCAAUUGGAGAUUAUUGCCAUGUUAUUGGAGACAUGGUCUAUUGACCUUAUUAUUGUGCAAAAAGAAUUUAAAUCUGUAUUUGAUAAGCUUUCUUAG